AUGGCCAAGAUGCUCAGGAAAGAGAAGGAAGUGAAGAGGAAGAAAAAGACGAAAAAGAAGACGGGGGGCGAGGACAGCGACGAUGACAGCAGCGACGAGGACACGGAUCACUCCUCUUCCAGCUCAACAUCUUCGGAUGAGGAGGAGGAAAGCGGCGGACGGCGUCUAAAGAGGAGCCACUCCAUCAGUUCUCUCCUAGGGAGGAGCAAGAAGGGCAGCGCCAUCAAGGGAUUCUCAUCUCCACCUCCCGCAGAUGCGGUGAAGGUGCGAUUCAAUAUUCUCCUCAAGUUGAUCGUCGGGCUGCCCUCGUCUGCAAACGAUCGGCCCAUCUACGUAGUGUGGAAGCGCGGCCGCAAGCGACAGAACAGAGGAGAGACCAAGCACAUUCGAUCGACUGGUGGUGUGGUGAUGUGGGGCGAAUCCAUCUGGCUCGAGGUCACCAUGGCUGCCCACUUCUCUCCUUCUUCCUCUUCUUCCUCUUCCUCUUCCUCCUCCCUUGCUACGCCAAGUGCUGCACCAGCCGCGGUCUUGGGGACCUCGCCAGCCAAGACUGCAGCGGCAAGCUCGCCGGUCAAGCCCGCAAGCAGUGGCGCAGGCCCUCAGUUUGACAAGAAGAGCCUUCUGCUCUCCAUCAAGCGAGAGGGUAAGAGCUCCUCGCUGGGCAAGGUCACGAUCGAUCUCGCCGAGUACGCCGCUGAUGGCACCAACGCCUCCAAGGAGUACAAGGUCAAGAUGGGCGGCACAAAGAAGGGCGAAUCCAAGGAAGCAGUCCUUACUGUACAAUUCAAAUCAGAAUGGCUCAAGGUGAAUAACAAAAAGCUAGUGCGCAAAGGCACGCUCAUCCAAGUGGCUGCUCCGCACGUGGACUCGCCUUCGGCUCCUGUCUCUCGCCCUAGGACCGACUCUGGCGGCGCCCCUCGUCAGCUGAGUUCGAUGGCCUCCCUUGUGGGCAGCGAGUUCGAGCUUGUUACGGACAGUGAAGCCGAGUACUCGGAGACCGAUACGGACAUGACCGCUGAUACUGACAUAUCCGAAAGCGACUUCUCCGGAUCGGAGACAGACUGUCCACUUUUCAAUGAGAGAUAA